CAAAACUCACUAAACUCAUAAGAGAAGAUACAAAAUCAGCUCAGUAUCGGUGUUCAGAAUUCUCAGACUAUAAUAAUGGAGGAUUGGAAAAAAGAUUAGAACAAAUUGAAGCUCACUUAGCCAAAUUUGUCAGAAAAGAUACCAAAUGUACCAAAACACCUCAGCGUAAACGCUCAGAAUCCUCACCUUUUAGAGGAUUGAAAAAAAGAUUAGGACAAAUCAAAGCCUUAUUGGCUAAACUUGCUAAAGAUUCCAAAUCCAGAAGUGGUCAAGUUCAUAUGGCUACAGCAGAUGAACAGUCUAAUCCCAUUUUUUCUGAUGAUGACACGUCUAAACCUGAGGACAAUGAAUAUAACUCUGAUAAUUCUUCAGCUGAAAAAAAAGUGAACUACGCUGAGCAGAGUGGUCAUUCUAAUAAGUCUUCAAGCUCUAAAAUUAAUAAUGGAUCCAAGUUUCAUAAGGUAAAACAGGAUAAUAAUUCACCAUCUACCUGUAAUAUCUCAUCAGAGAAAGGUAGCCAAGGUACUAGGUGGGUGUCUUUAGAAGAAACUAUUCGCAAAAUUAUUCAAA